AUGCCACUCGUUCUCCCAACAAAAUUCAAGGCUACUCAAAUAGUAUUAUCAGUACUAUUUGUCUUCACCACUGUCAAUAUACUAUUGGCACUUUACUCAACUAAUGGCAGUAACAGUAACAACAGCAAUAAUAACGAGAAAGGCGGUGGCAGCUACUACAAAUACAGCAAAGAGGGUGUGUCUGCAAUAUUUGGCAAAUUGUCAUCACUCACUAUACCCACCCUGCUGCUGCUGCUGUCGCUGCUGUCGCUGCUAAAACAAAAUGGGCGGGAUUACAAAAUAGUUGGCUACCAUCACAACGAAGACAAUGAUUUUGUUGUCUUUCAAAAGGAUUACCUGAGCACAGAUCACUUGGCUACAGAUACUACUCAUCAUUUCUGGAACUUUGUCAAUUCUGACCUAGACUCCAGACAAAACUAUGACAUCAAACUAAUCAACGGUUACAACUACAAGGAUUAUGUUUCCAAAUUGAACAAUCAGCAGUCGUUAAUGUUGAAUACAUCCUUUUCUGACCAUUACGAUAUGGAAAUGAAGUUUACUACUGCCUUUAUUGACUUUUUCAAUUUAGUUUUGACAUCAAUUGCAGAUUGCAAGCCAGGCGUCAAUGGUAUCAAUAACGAUGAACACUACCCCAAUGCUGGCAAAUUGGAAAAAUAUUUUCAAACUACAAACAAAUUGACUGAUGAGGAAUUAAACAAUUUUAAAUUCAAACGUGAAUUGAUUCACAAAAAUGGGAGGAUGCCAGUCUAUGGUGGACACUUGCGUGAAAAUUACCAACAAGAGUUGAUUCGAAAUAAGGAUUUAUUAUCAAUGUACAUCACUUUGAAUGAUAAGGAGACGGAGACUUUGAAAAACUCCCAUCAGCAAUUUAUCAAGUCCAUGAUGAAGGAUUGGCCUGAGGAUUUAACCAAAUACAACAAGUACAACGAUUUCCUCAAGGGUGAUGGUAUUGUCUAUUUGGCUGGUGGCAAAUAUAAUCAAUUGGCCCUACUUUCAAUCAAGGUAUUACGUGAGAAUGGCUCUCGCUUACCGGUUGAAGUUAUCAUCCCUAAGCAUGAAGACUAUGAUGAGCAAUUUUGUAAUCGGAUUUUACCAAAUUUGAAUGGGAAAUGUAAGUUAAUGAGUGAUUAUAUCCCAAAACUGUACUACGAAGAGGUUAUUAAAAAGGGAGGUGCAGCAGCUGGUUAUCAAAUGAAGAAUGUCGCCAUAUUCAUCUCAUCUUUUGAACGAGUUUUGUAUCUUGAUGCUGAUAAUAUACCCAUCAAAAACCCCGACAUUUUAUUUGUCAAUAAGCCAUUCACAAACAACCAUUUAGUUAUCUGGCCCGAUUUGUGGAGAAGAUCUACUUCACCCAAGUUUUAUGAAAUUGCUGACAUCAAAGUUGAUCCUGCUAAAAGAGUGAGAAACUCCUACACAAAAGGUGAUCCAAGAGGUGUUUUCCAAAGUGCCGAUUACGAAACUUCAAUAGCUCACAAUUCCUACCAUGAUUGCGAAGGAGCCAUUCCCGAGCCAAGUUCGGAAACUGGUCAGUUAUUAAUCAACAAAAGAGUACAUUUCAAAACAUUGCUACUUUCAAUGUACUACAACACUUAUGGACCAGAUUAUUACUACCCCUUGUUGAGUCAAGGUGCUGCUGGAGAAGGUGAUAAAGAAACUUUCAUUGCUGCUGCACAUAAGUUAAAGUUGCCCUAUUAUCAAGUCCAAGAGUUUAACCGAGAAUUUGGACCCAAGGAUACAACAACCCAUAAACAUUUGUAUUUUGCAAUGGGACAAUACGAUCCAAUUGUGGAUUACAUACAAUCAAACAAUGAUACUGAAUUUGUCAACUCCAAAGCUGCUGCUGCUGCUGCUGCUGCUUCCAAGGCAAAGUCGAAACCAAAUUCUGGCAAAGAUUUGCAAGACAAUCCCUAUUUAUCAACCCCACCCACCAAAUUUGCCGACCAUGACAGAGACAGCACUAAAUACAACUACGACUACCACCUCUACAAGUCGUCCUCCUUGAUGUUUCUUCACGCCAAUUGGCCCAAGUACUACUUCCAACAAUUGUUCACCACUGACGAAAGGGGACCUGUUGACAACAAGGGCAAUAGAAGGCGUCUUUAUGGCAAUGAGCUCAGACGCGAGUUGAGUGCUGGUGCCAUCAGUGGCUACGAUUUCGAGUUGGAGGUUAUUGAACAGUUGAAUAUGUUGUUUUGUGCCAAUCCCAAAUAUGUGUUGGAUGGGGUGCCUGACCCUGACAGUAAUGAGCGCAGACAUGUUUGUGAUUUGGUUGAGGAACAAAGACUGUUUUUGAAGAUAUCUUGA